ACUGGAUGCACAAUUAUGACCGAUGGCUGGACUGACAAGAAAAGAAGGACAAUAAUCAACUUCCUAGUGAACAGCCCAAAGGGAACUGUAUUUUUAAAGUCCAUAGAUGCUUCUGCAAUAUCCAAAACUGCUGAAAAAGUUUUUGAGAUGAUGGAUAGCAUUGUUGAAGAGGUGGGGGAAGACAAUGUUGUUCAAGUUGUAACAGAUAAUGCAGCAAACUAUAAAGCUGCUGGUCAAAUGUUGAUGGAAAAGAGAAAAAGGCUAUUUUGGACACCAUGUGCAGCACAUUGUGUUGACUUAAUGUUGGAGGAUUAUGAGAAGAAAAUCCCAAUUCAUGAGGAGACAAUUCCAAAAGGUAAAAGAAUUACAACCUUCAUCUAUUCAAGAACUUCUCUAAUCUCUCUACUACAACAUUUCACAAAAGGAAGAGACUUGGUGAGGCCAGGUAUUACUCGCUUUGCCACAUCUUAUUUAACAUUAGGGUGUCUUCAUGAGAACAAAGGUGCUCUAAUUAGAAUGUUUACUAGUAAUGAAUGGAAGUCUAGUAGGUAUGCAAAAACAAUGGAUGGAAAAACAAUUGAGAAUGUGGUUUUGGAUAAGGGUUUUUGGAGUAAUAUCAUAAUCUGUUUAAAGGGUGCGUUGCCUCUAAUUGAAGUGCUUCGAUUGGUUGAUAUGGAUCAAAAACCAGCCAUGGGGCUCAUUUAUGAAGCAAUGGAACAAGCUAAGGAGAAGAUACAAAUGGCUUUCAAUGCUAUCAAAUAA